AUGCAGGAAUGUGCUGAGCAGCCUUCUAAAGGAAGAACCAUCACUGCUCUUGACCUCACAGCACCAAUCAGCCACACAAGAUGGCCACUGCUGCAGUACUGUGAUGAAGUGAGAAAGGAAAACCUGGUCAUUGAGAGCCCUGGACCUUGCUAUGACAACUGUCCUAGAGACUGGAUUGGAUGUGAAAGUAAAUGUUUUUAUUGUUCUGAAGACAUGAGAAACUGGACAUUCAGCCAGACCUUCUGCAUGGAACUAGAGGCCCAUAUGGCUCAAACGGACACCCUGGAGGAGCUGAAUUUCUUGAAGAGAUACAAAAGGGUUUCUGACCACUGGAUUGGCCUGCACAGAGAGUCAUCACAGCAUCCUUGGAGGUGGACAGACAACACUGAGUACAACAACCUGGUUCCCACUCGAGGAGAAGGAGGAUGUUCCUACCUGAGUGACAGUGAGAUCAGCAGUGGCAGGAACUACACCUAUAGGAGGUGGAUUUGUAGCAAGCCCAAAUGCUGUACUUUGUAGUACACAGUAGUUUUAAACCCGGGGAGGGAAUUCCUGAUCCACAGGCUGUACCAGCGCUGCAUAGGGACCCAGAAGCAGGAAUAG